AUGGAAGAUCUCUUCUCCCAAUUCAUCAUCCUCUCAGACCAAUCACUCUAUGACAAGAACUUUGAUCCUUCCACCAUUGAAGACUUCAUGAAGCUCUUUGAAUUAGAGUCCUACAAAUCAUGGGCUGCCAUGGAACUUGAGCAUGAAAAUGAAGUGGAACAAGCAGAGGAGUCCAUGAAGGAGGCAGAGGAUGAGCUUGACUCUGCCAUGGAAAGUGCCAUGGAAGAGUUUCGGCUUUUCGAAGAGGAAAUGGAAAGGGAAGCCAAGGUUGAGCUGCAGGGGUUGGUUAGGAUUGGUGAGUCUGCUUGGAAGAUGGGAAAAUCAAUGGAAAAAGCAGCAUCCAUUGCCUCAAGAAAAUAUGUGGAGGCUGCUAUGAAUUCUGCUAGUGCAUCGAUGAAAUCGGCAUGGAAGGGACUCUCUUCUUCUAAUACCAACAAGGUUCAUCCUUCUUGA